GCUUCCGCAAGGCCACCAUGCCCUCCGGAAGUUAGUUUGUUGUAGUCGGGUACUGGAAUGAGUGAAAGGUGUCCACAUACUGUAUAUAAACAAACCGUACAGGGUGGCGAAGGACAAAUAAAUAUAAGCGAAAGACACAAGAAUAUAUUCGCAAAGUAUUUACAGUAUACUCAAACCCCGUUUUUUAAAUAGUUCACUCCGCUGGAGCAAGGCGGAAAGCGAGGCGGGAGGAUAUGGAGCCCUCGCCGGCAAAGGGGAAAGCGCAGGGUCGGCUGCUGGUGUCCACGACCCUGGACGCAAAAGAUGAACUGGAGGAGCGGUUGGAGCGAUGUGUGGGUAUCGUCACCAGCCUUAUCAACGGUCUUUCAGAGCGGGAGGCGAACGAUACGCUCACAGCACACGUGUGUAAGGGCUCCCAGCAGCACGAGGAGGUGUGUCUGGGGCUCUUCUCGCUGCUGUUAACAGAGCCCACCCAGGCACAGCGGUGCUACAGGGACCUGACCCUGGUGAACCGGGAUGGCAUGAACGUGGUCCUGAUUAAGAUCAACCAGAUCCUCAUGGAGAAAUUCCUCAAGCUGCAGGAGGUCUGCCGCACACAGCUGGUGUGGCUGGUGCGGGAGCUGGUGAAGAACGGGGUGAUCGGGGCAGACGGAGUCCUCAUGACCCUCAUGAAGCAGAUAGCAGGAGGGGACAUCUCCACCAAGAAUCUGUGGCUGGCAGAGAACGUUUUGGAAAUCCUCGUGGAUCAGAGGGAGUGGGUGUUGAAGAGUGGGAUGCUGAUUGCCAUGUGCGUGUACACGUACCUGCGGCUCAUCGUGGACCACCACGGCUCCCCCCAGCUCCUGCUGCUCCGGCAGAAAGAGGUGGACUUCUGCAUCGGCCUGCUGAGAGAGAAGUUCAUGGACUGUUACAUCAUCGGGAGGGACCUGGUGCGGCUGCUGCAGAACGUGGCCAGAAUCCCAGAAAUGGACCUGCUGUGGAAGGACCUGCUACACAGCCCACAGACCCUCAGCCCUCAGUUCACUGGUGUGCUGCAGCUGCUGACCUCCCGCACCUCCCGCAAGUUCCUGGCGUGCCGCCUCACCCCUGACAUGGAGACCAAGCUGCUCUUCAUGACCUCCCGGGUGCGGUUUGGGCAGCAGAAACGAUACCAGGACUGGUUUCAGAGGCAGUACCUGUCGACGGCAGACAGCCAAUCGCUGCGCUGCGACCUGAUCCGCUACAUCUGCGGUGUGGUUCACCCCUCCAACGAAGUGCUGAGCUCCGACAUCCUGCCCCGCUGGGCCAUCAUUGGCUGGCUGCUCACCACCUGCACUUCCAAUGUUGCAGCCUCCAAUGCCAAACUGGCUCUCUUCUAUGACUGGUUGUUUUUCAGUCCGGAGAAGGACAGUAUCAUGAACAUAGAGCCUGCGAUCCUGGUGAUGCAUCACUCCAUGAAGCCCCACCCUGCCAUCACCGCCACCCUGCUGGACUUCAUGUGCAGGAUAAUCCCUCACUUCUACCCUCCUUUGGAGGGGCACGUGCGGCAGGGUGUCUUCAACUCUCUCACCUUCAUCAUGGAGAAGAGGGUUCUAGCUCACCUGGCUCCCCUGUUUGAUAACCCCAAACUGGACCGGGAGCUGCGGUCCAUGUUGAGAGAGCGCUUCCCAGAGUUCUGCAGCUCCCCCUCUCCUCCGGCCGAGGUGAAAAUGGAAGAGUCUGCCUCCUUGGAGAUGGACAAUCAUGUUCUGGACAAGGAAGAUGGAUGCUAUGACAGUACGGAGGCAGCUUUCAGCGAUGAUGAGGAGGAAUUGAACAGCAAGGGCAAAAAGCGUGAGUUCAGGUUCCACCCAAUCAAAGAAGAGUACAUCGAGGAACCUGCUGAUAUCACACCCUAUAUCGACCAAUUGGAUGACACGAUAAAGGAGAAGGUGUUGCAGCUGCAGAAGGAGAGUGAUACAGAGAUGCAGUGCGAAGUGAUGCAGGAUAUCGUGGACCUCAUUUUGGAGGAGGACUUUGACUCGGAGCAGAUGUCUUCUCUGGCCUCCUGUCUGGCAGAGCUGUUUAAGGGCCACUUCCGCAGUGACGUGCUGCCAGAUGAGAUCACAGAGGAGUCCCUGGAGGAGUCGGUGAGCAAGCCUGUGUGCCUGGUCUUCAGGAACCUGUGUCAGAUGCAGGAGGACAACAGCGGCUUCUCCGUGCUCCUGGACAUGCUGGCCGAGCUGUACCAGAAGCAGCCCAAGAUCGGCUACCACCUGCUGUACUACCUCAAAGCAAGUAAAGCGGCCAUGGGGAAGAUGAGUCUGUACGAGUCGUUCGCCCAGGCCACGGCGCUGGGAGACCUGCACACCUGCCUGAUGAUGGACAUGAAGGCGUGCCAGGAGGACGACGUGCGGCUUCUCUGUUACCUCACCCCCUCCAUCUACUCCGAGUUCCCAGAUGAGACUCUUCGUAGCGGGGAGUUGCUCAACAUGAUAGUGGCUGUUAUUGAUUCGACACAGCUGCAGGAGCUGAUGUGCCAUGUGAUGAUGGGGGAUCUGGUCAUGUUCCGGAAAGACUCUGUUCUCAAUAUCCUCAUUCAGUCUCUGGACUGGGAGACGUUUGAGCAGUACAGCACCUGGCAGCUGUUCCUGGCCCACAGCAUCCCCCUGGAGACCAUCAUUCCCAUCCUGCAGCACUUAAAGUACAAAGAACACCCUGAAGCCCUGUCCUGUCUACUCCUGCAACUCCGGAGAGAGAAACCCACAGAGGAGAUGGUAAAGAUGGUGUUGAGUCGGCCCUGCCACCCGGAAGACCAGUUCACCACCAGCAUCCUGCGACACUGGGCGGCCAAACACGACGAUAUCCUGGGGGAGCACGUCAAGGCCCUGCUGAUUAAGAACAACAACCUGCCACGCAAGCGCCAGAGUCUGCGAAGCUCCAGCAGCAAACUGGCUCAGCUGACCUUAGAGCAGAUCCUGGAGCACAUGGACAACCUGCGGCUGAAUCUCAUCAACAACAAGCACAACUUCUUCACCCAGACACCCAUCCUGCAGGCUCUGCAGCAUGUCCAGGCCAGCUGUGAUGAAGCACAUAAGAUGAGGUUCAGUGAUCUUUUCUCAUUGGCUGAGGAGUAUGAGGACUCCACCAAGCCCCCCAAGUCACGGCGCAAAGCCCCUGCAUCCAGCCUGCGAUCCCGAAAGGGCGUGGCCCCGCCCGCGAGCAACGAGGAAGAGAGCGCCUCCAGCAGUGCUUCGGAAGAGGAAGACUCCAAGCCCAAAGCCCCAAAGAGGAAGAGGAAAGGCUCAUCUGCUGUGGGUUCUGACAGCGACUGAGACGCCUCCUGACUCUGCCCACCAUUGUGAUGUCAUUGGGGACAUGCCCACUGCCUUACUUUGCUCCUCCUACAUUGAGGAGCCCCUGCCCUAAAAACAGUCCAACUGCCAGGGGGAGGGCACCUGUUUGCAGUCUGCGACCACUGUCAAGGAGCAAGCCCCUCCUCCCACAUCACUGCUCAUUGGCUGAUUGAAGUGGCUGUGGGAGGUAAGGGAGGCAAUGGGACACACACAGAUGCUUUCAAGCUCCUGACACUGUGGCUAAGACGGAUUGGGAUUGACAGACUUCGAGAUCCUACAUUACAGAAAGGAAUGCACAACUUCUCUCUGACUUCAGAGGGUGACACUGAAGUGCCCCCAAAUGCCAGCUUCUUGCACACAGGGGUGUGUGACACUGUACUGAUAUCUGCUCUUACUGUCCUGUUACCCUGGGGGUAUGGCUUUGACUUUUGAGCCCCCCUUCUACUUUUCAAACCCUGACUCAAAAAGACCCCACGGCCCAUUAAGUCUUCUCAAACAACUUUUAACUGAAAUAAUGGACUACAUAUCCCUACCUUGAAAACUACGGUUGCUGAUGAUGACAGAGAAGACAAACGCAGUACUUCAGACGAUGCACAGGCUCACAGCUGUUGUUUGUUGUGGAGAAUGCUGGUUGCACUGGGCUGGGAAACAUGUGUGCUGAAAUAUACCUUCCCUUGGAAUUCUCCAUCUAUCAAAACCCUACUGAGGACACAUUCUAUACUCUGACAAAUGGGUAUUGAAGCUGAUUGCUACACCCCAUGCGUGGUGUCGACAGCCACUCUCCUCUUCUUAUCUAGUUCACUGCUGUGGUUGUCUGGACUGUGACGUGUAGAGACACCUCUGCCUGGCGACUGUUAACUUCACUGUAAAUGGGGAACAUGCAGGGAUCAGCGGUAAAGUACUCAAGUGUCAAAAGCGCAACAACCAUAUGACUUUUUUAAUCACUUGUUUCAAUUGACAUAUUUUCAUACACAAAAGAUCCUAACUGUGCUAAUGAGAAUAAAAAGGAUGUGAAUUGUG